AUGAAAAAGAGUCUCAAAUGGACAUGCAAAGCUUGUGGGGAGAAGCAGUCCUUUUUGCGGGCUUACGGUGAAGGCUCCGGUGCUGACUGUAGACGCCAUGUCCAGAAAUUAAAUCUGCUGCAGGGGCAGGUGUCAGAGAUGUCACUCAGGUCUCCGCAAGAACCUGCAAAUACCAUCGAAGGAGAAAGCGCAGACCACGAGCCUGAUGCAAACAGGAGUCUGCAGGAAGGACCACCAGCCACAGAAAGCCGUUGGCUGAAGUAUCUAGAAAAGGGCUCUGCAGACCCGGGGCUGGAAGGAGGCGGCGUGCAUUUCAACAGUCAGCCCUCAUCUAGGUCGGAGAAGCCAGACCCUCGCUCCAGCAGCAACCACCCUAGAAAAAGGAGAUGGAGCCUGUGCCCAGCUCGGCCUCCACCCAGCCCUGGUGCCCAGGCCGCGGUGAGCAGAGAAGUUGACUCCACAGCUGCCGCACAGCUCCAGGGCUAUGAUGAUGUGACAGCGAAGGCCAAACAAGCAAGCAGAGGCUACCCCCAAGAGAAUUCAGAGGACUGGAACACCAGCGAGCUUACUGUCCCUCAGUGGAAGCCACCCAGGCAUGCCCAGCAGGCUAAGGCUGCAUCUUCUAAAUGGGAUCGAUUUCUUCUGUCACCUGAGACAAGCUCCCAAAUGGAUGCAGAGCUACCAAGACCACUGCAGACAGGCCCCUCAGCUGCUUCAACACAGCCUGAACCAUGGACCCAGAGUCUGAAGGCAGGCCACCCCAACAGGGUCCUCAGUGCUCUCCAGCCUCCUUGGGUCCCACACACGCCCACAUCUGGGGCCUGGGGGCCCUUCAGGCAGGCUGCCAAGCAGCCAGAGGGUGGGCACCAGGCCAAAGAGGCACCUCAGCCCACACCUGUGCAACUCCGUGACCUCUUCCAAACUGGUGAGGACUUUGAUGAGGACCUGUGAAUGGAGGCCACCCCUAUUAAUUUGGGUGUCUUUGUUAUGUGAGCCUGAUUCCACCAUAACACUAUAUACCAGUGGAGAGAGGGUUCCCCUAAUAAGUUAGCUCUAAACCAUAGGGUUGAGUAUCAUUUCUGGGGACUAUUGAAAGAACAAUAAACACUGCAGUGAAACAGA